AUGGUUAUGACUGAGUCGUUGAGUUUCUUUGUUCCACUGGAAUCACCCGACGAAAAGUAUUAUAAUCACGGGCGCUACUAUUCAGCUAGUUACCGAGGCCUACAUCCGUUCCCUGUUGAUGAGAGAGAGAAAGACAGACAAUGCCGGCAAAUUUUCUUAUAUUUCGAGUUAUUCCAGGGGAGACUUUGUCCAGCUUCCAUUUCAAGACCGCAGACUGUACUUGAUGUAAGAACUGGGAUCGGGUCCUGGGCAAUACAGUUUGCCGAUAAAUACCCGUCGUCAAUAUUGGUUUACGGAAUUGAUGCGGUUCACAUGCAAGAAGAAUGGGUGCCAAUAAACUGCGAGUUUGUUAUCGAUGACCUCACCCAACGAGAUUGGCAUUAUGGGUAUCCUAAACCGGAAUUUAUCCAUAUCGGUGGACUAUGGGGAGAUCGUCAAAUUCUGACAUGCCUUCUCGAUGGCGCCUACAGGUGUUGCUUACCCAAUGGGAUGGUUGAAAUAUGGGACUGGACUGUUCAUUUUCAGGAUCCCAAUUGCGAAGGUGCCCUCCACCGACUGUAUAGAGAUAUGGAGGCUGCAUUCCGCAUGGGCGGACUCGAGCAUGUAUAUCAUUUACCACUGAGCCUGGAGCUUCCCAGCCUAGCCAAAUUGGUAGUGGAAAACUGGGCGGAGGGUUUUGAAGCGUACAGCAUGGAAUUGCUUGUUGAAUAUCUGGGGAAGCGUGACCUUGAGGUUUUGCUUUCAUGCGCUGCAGCACGUCGGGCUCUGCGCCAAGGGGUUGAAGGCUGGCUUCAAGUGUGA